AAUUGAUAACUCUUACAAGAGAGGAUAUUUUAUUUUAUAUAAUAGAAGUAUAUAUAUUUAUAUUACAAAAGUAUUUAUAUUAUAAAAUUAAAAAUUAUAAAUUCUUACGUUUAAUAAUUUAAUUUAUAAAUCAAAUAUUUUCUUUUAUAAAAUAUAUAUCAUUUCAAAUCAAAAUUUUAGCGGGCAAACAAUGCAACCAAUAUAAACUUUGUAUAGGUCGCUCAAUUUCCGGUUGAAUCUUUCUCUAUUUGAUGUCGAUUUACUUGAUUUUGAAUCAUGGGUCGAGUAAUUCGUGCUCAACGUAAAGGAGCUGGAUCUGUCUUCAGAUCUCAUACAAAAAGAAGAAAGGGAGCACCUAAACUUCGUUCCUUGGAUUUUUCUGAAAGACAUGGAUACAUCAAAGGUGUUGUCAAGGAUAUUAUUCAUGAUCCUGGCCGUGGUGCACCAUUAGCUGUUGUUCAUUUCAGAGAUCCAUACAAGUUUAAAACUCGUAAAGAAUUAUUUAUUGCUCCAGAAGGAAUGUAUACUGGACAAUUCCUUUAUUGUGGGAAAAAAGCUAAUCUUCAAAUUGGAAAUGUAAUGCCUGUUGGUCAAAUGCCUGAAGGUACUAUUGUUUGUAAUUUGGAAGAAAAAACUGGUGAUAGAGGUCGAUUGGCAAGAGCAUCAGGAAAUUAUGCUACAGUUAUAGCUCAUAAUCCAGAUACAAAAAAAACUAGAGUGAAACUGCCUUCUGGUGCUAAAAAAGUUAUACCUUCUAACAAUAGAGCAAUGGUGGGUAUCGUUGCUGGUGGUGGACGUAUUGAUAAACCAAUUCUUAAAGCUGGUCGUGCAUAUCACAAAUACAAGGCUAAGAGGAACUGUUGGCCUAAGGUUCGUGGUGUUGCUAUGAAUCCUGUUGAGCAUCCACACGGUGGUGGUAAUCAUCAACAUAUUGGUAAAGCAUCUACAGUUAAACGUGGAACUAGCGCUGGUCGUAAGAUUGGUCUUAUUGCUGCGCGUCGUACAGGAAGAAUCCGAGGUGGAAAAACCGAUACUAAAAAAGAUGAUUAGACAAAAUAUUGAUUAAUUCUGGAUCUUGUACAAUAAAACAUUUAAAAAAAAAUUUAUUUGUAAAUAUUAUUUAUCGUAAUAUUAUUUAUCUUAUUGUUUAUUUUACAUCAUUAAAAGAAUAAUUUUCUAAAAUUA